AUGGCAGACGGAGAGGUUUCUCACCAUUUGGAACUCAUCACGUACCGGAUCAAGCGACGAUUCGAGGCGAUGUAUUUCAAGCCUCCGGGCAAGACGGUCGGCGAGGAGGCAGCUAAUGAUCAACCCGUUGAGGAUGACGGCUCUGAAGUUUCCCCGGAGAUUCACGUGGACCCGGACUCAGACGCCAUUCUCAUGACCGAAAUUGUCAACGAUGGCCGCAAUGCUUCCAAGGAUACUCGUGUGACUGAAAGCAUCAAGGCAACAACUGUUGAGACUCAAGUUUUCGACCAGUGCAGACAAGAAGCUUGGACCUAUAAAGAAGCAAAAGUCACCGCUUUCAACCAGGCUAUCAAAAAGCUCAUCGAGAAUGCUCUAAAGAAUAGCCAUGUGAUCGUCGGAACUACGAUUACCUCUGAUGACCUCCACCGUAUGGACAAAUUCAAUUCCACGCUCGCUAUCCUCGAUGAAGCUGGUCAGGUGGGAGAGCCCCAAGCUCUUACUGCCACUGGCAACACCCCGACGGCCAAGGCUUACAUCCUAAUCGGAGACAACAAGCAGUUGUCGCCAACGGUCGUAUUUGCUCCUAGAAAGGGCAAGAUCAAUGUCGAUUCUGAGUUGCCAGUUAUCGAUCCUGCCCAAGAUGAAGAUGAUACUGGAUCUGAAGAUGGCGAUAACGAAAGCGAGUCUGGAGAAGCCCCCAGUAACGAACUCUACCAGCAGAUCACAUGGUUAUUGCUGGCUCGUUUGCUGGAGUUAGGAUUUCCGGCGCAUCUGAUGACCAUCCAGCAGCGUGCAGUCCCCGGAAUUGCGCACCUAUGGUAUUCGUUGGUCUACAGCGCCAAAGUUAGCAACGGUGACAGAACUGCUGUCGUUGUCCGCCCAGACGCCGUGGCAUUUCAGGCAUGGGUCAAGACGACACAUGGCUUCGACAAUACCAGUGUUAUCUUCAUUGACACAGAGAACUCGAAGUUCACCUUCGCCGCCGGCACAAAGUCCGGGAAGAACGAGGAUUUUGCACUCGAAGCCAAGUCUAUUAACGAGGCGCUGAAUCAAAACCACGGUAUCGCCAAGAACGACGUUGCUGUCGUGACUCCAUACACCGGGCAGGUCAUCACGUACAGCAUGUCCGGAGUGCCCACAGCCCACACUGUCGACAGCUCGCAAGGUAGUGAGUUCUCUAUUGUCGUCUAUGACCUUGUCGGCGCUGGCAAUGGUGAGAGGCCCAUUCACUUCAUCGAAGACGGGCACAGGCUGAAUGUCGGCAUCUCGCGCGCUCGUAAUGGCUUGAUCAUCAUCGGUGAUUCUCGCGUCGUCACGGCGAAGCCCAGGUCGACUGAAAGCAACAUGAGCCAUCUUCUCGGAAAAGUUUUUGCGAACCUCCAGGAACUUGGUCCUGUCGUCAAGAAAACCUUUGAUCAUCCUACCAAGUGCAACAUUUGCUCAAAUCUUGGACAUGUUGCUAGGAAUUCCCGGACAAGGUCAAGUCCAGGUACUGCCAGGCCCAAGGCCACAAGGCUGCCGAAUGUCCGGAAAAGCCUCGCCGCGUUUGCCACAAGUGCCAGAGCCCGGAUCAUCUUCUUAAGGACUGUCCCGACCGCCUGA